UCUCCCUCUGCCGCGGCCCCACCCACCCGACUGCGCAGCUCUGCAGGCGGAUCAACCUGCGCGAAGCGGAGCGGGAGCCGCGCUCUUCGGCGGAGCAUCGCGAUGGGAGUCGGAGCUCUCGCCCCAGAGGAGCCCCGCAGCGCUCAUCAUCGUCCCCAUCAUCAGCAGAGAGCUGCGGCAUCUUCUCUCCCCGCUCACCCCUGUAACCAGCACUGUGACUGUGUCAACCAGCAGCCGUCCAGUGAACCAGUGGGAUGAUGAGGACGUCCUGCGGAUGCUGGGAGAAGAAGAUGCGCCUCCAGCUCUGAUCCCAAGGCUUUGGGAUUUUCUCUUGUCUGGGAGAUGUUUGUGAGAGUGACAGUGACAGUGACAGUGACAAUGACAGCCUCCUCUCUUCACGCGUUUCUCGCGCUGCUGCUCACCCACCUGGGUGACAUCUCUGCCCAGGCCCUGGGUCCCAGCUCUGCCACGGACGCCCUGUCUGCGCGCCACUACCAGCACACAGACCCCGGCACGGGAGCGGUGCUACUGUGCGACAAGUGUCCCGCGGGCACCUACGUGUCCAAGCACUGCACGGAGAGCGCCGUGCGGGAGUGCGAGAGUUGUCCGGAGGGCACGUUCACGCGUGGGGAGAACGGCGUCCAGCAGUGCCACCGCUGCCGGAAGCCAUGUCAGCCGCCCCUCGUCGAGAAGUCGCCCUGCACCGGCGCCUCGGACCGCGCGUGCGUGUGCCCGCCCGGGACGUUCGCUAACGGAGCCACGUGUCGGUCGCACACUGCAUGCGGCAAGGGCUGGGGCGUGCGCAAGAAGGGCAGCGAGGCCGAGGAUGUCAAGUGCAAGCCUUGCCCGACGGGCACUUUCUCGGACGUGUCCUCCAGCGUGCUCAAAUGCAGGACUCACACAAACUGCACGGCCCUCGGCCUGCCCACCCUCGCCGAGGGCACCAGGGAGUCGGACGGCACGUGUGGCCCCCCGAGCGCGAACGCCUUGGCCCUGAUGUCGGCCCCUCUCUCGCCGGCGCAGCCGAUAACCCUCGGGGCGGCCUCGGAGAUCGUGGUACACAAAGGUCUAGGUACCAUCAACGUUACAACAGAUGCUGUGCACUGGGACCCACCACCACCCAGUAGUAGAAAAGCGCCACUGGACAACACAGUCACAGAAGUGGCAGUUGAAACGGAAGCCUACAACCUGGGGGUUCCACCCACCGAGGCUUCUCGUAACCAGCAGGGCUCCUCCCAGGACCAGCGAGGCCACCAGCCGGCCACAAAGCGCGCAAUGGACUCCCGGGUACCCAGCAUCGGUUCCUGGCCCAUCCGUCGGGGGUCUCCUCGGCCCGGCAGCGCUCACAGUCACUUUGACAUCAACGAGCACCUUCCCUGGAUGGUGGUCCUGCUCCUGCUGCUCACGCUGAUCACGGUGGUGGUGUGUAGCAUGAAGCGGAGCUCACGAGCACUCAAGAAAGGCCCUCCCCAGGACCCCAGCAGCAUUAUGGAGAAAGCCAUCCAGAAGAAACCUGCCAGUCCUGCCCAGGUGAAGGAGAAGUGGAUCUACCACUCCAACGGUCAGGGUGUGGACAUCCUGAAACUGGUGUCCUCCCAGAUCGGCAGCCAGUGGGUGGACAUAUACCGGUCCCUGGCCAAUGCCACGGAGCGCGAGGUGGCCGCCUUCUCCAGCGGCUAUUCGGCCGACUGCGACCGAGCUUAUGCUGCUCUGCAACACUGGACGGUGCGUGACGCAGACGCCAACCUGGCCAAGCUCAUCAAUGCCCUGCACCGGGAGCGGCGCAUCGAUGUGGUCGAGAAGAUCCGUUGCGUCAUGGACAAUCCUCAGUUCGACCUGAACCAGCUGAUGACCCCCCCAGACAUGACGCAAUGCCUCAGCCCUACCCACAAGGCCCCAGAAUGCCCCGUCGUAGCGGUGGAGCAGUCCCCGGUGGACAGGAGCAAGGGGUUCUUUGGUGAUGAGUCUGAGCCGCUACUGCGCUGUGACUCCACCUCCAGCAAGGACUCCGCCCUCAGCAGGACGGGCUCUUUCAUUACCAAAGAGAAGAAGGACACGGUGCUGCGGCAGGUACGGUUGGACCCCUGCGACUUGCAGCCCAUCUUUGACGACAUGCUGCACAUCUUGAACCCGGAGGAGCUGCACGUGAUCGAGGAGAUCCCCAUGGCUGAGGACAAGCUGGACCGGCUCUUUGAGAUCGCUGGCGUUAAGAGUCAAGAGGCAAGCCAGACUCUGCUGGACUCAGUCUACGGCCACCUGCCGGACCUCCUAUAGUCAAAGGAUCUCAUGGGCUGAUUCCAGACCACUGGACCCUCACACAGGGGUAGAAAAAAAGGGACAUCUUGGGACACUAGUCCCACCACUGCACAUUGCACCGUUGCUUGCACCCAGGCCAAUAUAGUAUCGGAAGUGCAUCCUCUUUUAUUGCUCAGCUUUGACUUGCUGUAUUCAAAAUGGAUACAGUCCCUGUAACACAAACACACACUUGCAAUGUCUCAGAGUGAUCAUAGGCUGUGUAACAUAGUUUAAGCACUAAUUUUUCUAAUAAAAAUCUAUAUUAAACUUGCACCGUUUUGACAAAAUGUGCUCCACUUGCCUGCAUUUCUUUUAGGUGCUCUUUACUAACAGUUUUCUAUUAAUUAUUACUCUUCUUAUUAUUACUACAUUGGGUUGUUGUCCAUGUAGCUUUUUCAUGGUUUUCCAGCAUCAGUGUUUUUAGAGAAUUUUCUUUGGCAUUGAGAAGUACCCAUGCGCUUGGUAUGCGAUAAUCAUAUGUAACAUGAGAUUGCAUUCUACAUAUUUCUACUUGAAUUUUUUUUCCAUCUGACUUUCGGGAAGCGUCAUUAACCAAAAGCACGAAGAAGACAGGAGCGUAUACAUGCAAAAACAAAACAAAGACAAUUUUCCUGCAGGCUUCGGUGUGCGAAAGUGCGAGUGCAGGUCGGACCCGGGCCUCGCUCCGCCUGUCAUAUCGAGCCCCUUUGGUGCUACACGCGAAACACACGGAGUGUGGCUGUGGACUCUGACACGUCCGACUGCUGUUCUCACUGUGACCUAUGACUGAAAAACUCACUCCGGAGAGAACGUAAAGCUCACUUUGAACCAUGUACUCUGGUUGAUGUUUUAAUACUUAUCACUUGUAACCAAUA